AUGUUAGCUCGACAAGUCGUCCUGCGACGAGCAGCUCUGUCUCCGUACAGACCUUCGGCUCAACGAAUACUCACCUACCAAAUUCGACCUCUCGACCGGCGGAUAUCUUUUUUACCAUGGCGUCAAAAGAAGCCCGAUCUCCAAAACUACCCGGUCUAUUUUACAAACCCGAAUUCAUCUAGUCACAAUCAUCUCGGUCCUUCUAUGAGCCCAGCUGAGGAGAAAAGGAUCUUAAGAAGUUUCAAAUGGCAUUUCCGCUUUGAUCGCUUUCGUCGCUGGGCUUCUACAAUUAUUAUACUUUAUAUUUGCUGGCAAAUUUUCUGCACUGUUGUGUUCGAUCCUCUAUUUGAUUGGGCUGAUGCGGAAUGGGAAGCUUUGUCUGAUAAGGAAAAGGAAGAAGCGGAGGCUAACCAUGAUCCGGACGAGCCAUUGUUGUUUCUCCCUUUUCCGUUCACGACAGAGGAAGUCAAGCAACCCCCAUACCGAGGAUCAGAUCCGGAAUGGCAAACAUUUGUCAAAAUCAGCCAGGACAAGAAGCUCCUGCAGGAGAUCAAAAAUGGUUUGGCAAGCGAAAUCAAGCGUGGCGUGGAGAGAAAUCCUGCCUUUAACAAACUCCUUGGAGGGGAAGUAGCCGUAAGGAAAUUCUGGCUAGACAUAAUAUUCCCACCCGCCCCUCCACCUAUGCAUUACGUCUCUGGAAUUAUGAUUGACGAAGAGGGCAUCUUUUGGGGUGACCGACCCAUCGAUUCACUUGCUGCCAAUUUUCUUGCCAAAGCUCUCUACCCCAAGGCCCUUGCAAUGGGUUGCUGGACAUUUGUUAGCUUCCUGACAAAACAGGUGGCGCAAGACAUUGCGAAAAGUAUCGGUCUAAGCGAGCCUGAUCCUCCUGAAUCUGCUUGGCAGCAUGUGCCAGUGAAUAGCCUUCCUGGCACAAUGCCACAGCAAACCCCUAGGGUGGUAGUCAAACACGACGCCAAAGCGCAUCCUGCACACCUACCUCCUGGCUUCAACGAAAUCCUCGGCGCUGCAUUUGGCCCCGAUGCAAAGCUUGACCCCAGGCUCCAAGCUGCCAGCCUGGCUGGCGCAUUCGCAUUUUUGCGAUAUUGGAAACCCACAAAGACUUUACCUUCGAGGGGAUGUAUCAAGGUUGACGGUAUUGUCGAGCUAAAGGGAAAGACGGCUGUUAUGGCUGUCCUAGUUGCAGGUUACUACGAUCCCAAAACGCGCCAGUAUGUUGCCGUUCAGACCCGACUAAAGCACUUGAUGCAAUUGAGACAGCGACCUGCGCCUGGUUAG